AUGGUUGUUGUUCACCCCCAAGUCGCUUCUGCCGAGCUGGCAGGUAAAGUUGCUCUGGUAACUGGAGGCAGUCGGGGCAUUGGUUCCGGUAUCGCGCUCGAGCUGGCAAAGAAGGGUGCAUCAGUGGCAAUAAACUACGCUCGAGACCCGCACUCAGCCGCAAAGAUCGUGGAGGAGAUCGAGAGCAUGGGUAGCCGUGCCGCCGCUUUCCAAGCCGACCUUACCAAAGUCGACGCUAUUGAGAUACUCUUCCGUGAUAUUGUGGCACAUUUCGGACGAUUGGACAUUGUUGUGUCCAACUCCGGAACCGAGAAGUUCGUUUCCCUCGCGGAUACCACUCUUGAGGAUUUCAACGAGGUCUUUGAUCUGAACACUCGUGCCCAGUUCUUCGUCGCCAAGAACGCUUACAAGUAUAUUCAACCCGGAGGACGAGUGGUUUUGAUGUCAUCGAUCGCGGCAGGUGUUGGUGUCCCGGGACACUCCUUGUACGCUGGUAGCAAGAGCGCCAUCGAGGGUUUCACUCGUUGCUUCGCUGCUGAUUUCGGCAAGAAAAGGUGCACAGUCAACGCGAUUGCACCCGCUGGUGUGAAGAGUGAUAUGUGGCUGAAGAACUCGUGGCGAUAUGCACCCGGUUGCGACCAGAGCUCAUCCCUUGAAGAGAUUGAGCAGGCGCUUGCUAGUGGCAGCCCCUUGAAACGGUGCGGUGUGCCGGCGGAUAUCGGCCGUGUUGUGGCAUUCCUGGCCAGCCCGGCAGGGGAGUGGAUCAAUGGCCAAAUCCUACCCCUUAAUGGAGGUGCGAACAUUUAA